UUUGAGGAGUUGUUUGGCUAAUUGCACCCGGGAGCGAUUAGUCACUUCGUUGAACAAAAUGGAGUCGGAUUCUCAACGCUAUGAUGACACUUUUCGAUAUCUUUACGCGAAGAUGGAUUCUGUCAAAAAUUGCUGUCCGCCAUAUUUUCAUUUUUGUUUUAUUGCUGUGAUCCUUUGAUAUUCUUCGUUGGAAUCCGAUAAAGUGAUGUUUUUGACGUAAAAUUCAUAGAAAAAGUAGUGCAAACAAGGCAAUACAUCAAUCUAGCGUUGACGUUGAUCCGGUGAACUGGGCGCAUCCAAUUAAUUUCACUACCAGCACCCAAUGUUAAACGACAAAAUACUGUAAGCCGCAUCGCGUAAUGUGCAACGCAUGAACGUAUUGAAACCGAACCGAUUCCAUUGUCGCAUAUUUGUUACCCACCACUCUUCUUGAAUGUCACCACCUGCCAUGACCGCUGUUCCCACAAAUCAAUCGUCAUCGACGGCCGCAUCGGCCAAUUCACCUUCAUCGUCUUCGUCGACUUCACAGCGUACCUCUAGCAAUCCGAAUCAGAGUAAUGGUGACUCGCUGUUCGAACCAUCUGUGGAAAUGAUGGUAAACGAUUUCGAUGACGAACGGACGCUGGAAGAGGAAGAGGCUCUAGCCGCAACUGAAGCUGAAGAUCCAUCGACGGAACUGUCCAAUUUACAGCGCGAGCGAGAUAUGCCAAUUGAAGAACUGUUGGCGCUGUAUCGUUGUCCUGAUCGAUCCGAUGAUGAGGGGAACGAUGAAGAUACCGAACCUCGUCCACGUUCAUCUAGUUCGUGUAGUCAAAACGAUUUGGAUGACAGCCGGAAUUUAGACAAAGACGACAUGGAUGAAGACGAAGAUGAAUCUGAACUGAGGACUCUAUAUCCGGAGACAUUUGCUGACGAUCAACGACACCUGAGAACCCUUUCACGUCCUUUGAGUGAAGAAGAGGACGAUGGUGACUAUAGUCCGGAUGAGGAUGACGUAAAAAAGACUAUUAUGGUUGGCAGUGAGUUCCAAGCGGUUAUACCGGAAGGCCUAUGUAAAUACGGCGACGAAUUGCCUUACGAAAACGAAGACAAACUGGUCUGGGAUCCAUCGAAACUCAAGGAAAAAGACGUCGAAAAUUAUCAGAAAAAAUCCUUUUCCAUUGCACAAGAGUCCAAAGUGGGCAGCCCCGAGAAGGUGUCAUCGGUCGCCGCAAUACCAAUCGGAAAUCAUUUACGAGACGACGAACAAAUCCUGUUCUUGCUGUUGCAAUGUGGACAUAACGUCGAAGAGGCAUUGCGCAGGCGUCGCAUCAGCACGACGUCCGGUACGUCAACUAUCGCUAUGAAUGAAAUGAGCCAAUGGUCGGAAGAGGAAUGUCGCAAUUUUGAGAAUGGACUGCGAACGUUCGGUAAGGAUUUCCAUAUCAUACAACAGUUGAAGGUGAAAACGCGAUCGGUGGGUGAAUUGGUGCAAUUCUAUUACCUGUGGAAGAAAACCGAACGACACGAUGUAUUCGCCAACAAAGCCAGACUGGAGAAGAAGAAGUACAAUCUGCAUCCAGGCCUUACGGAUUACAUGGACCGCUUUUUGGAAGAGCAAGAGUGUACGGGUGGCAACGGUGGUAACGGUAACACCGGUGGUAGUUUGUCCGCGAAUGGCGGCGUUAUAGGGAUUAGAGAUCGAAGUUCGUCGCCCGGUGUAAACAGCUUGAUGUACAACAGUUAUCGGAAGAAUAGUUUUCGAAAUACAAGCGGUUCGACUGCCGUCAUCGAAGCGAAUGUCAACGAUUCCGGUGCGAAUAGCGAUAACGAUACAUCGCCCAGCAUAAAAGCGAAAGAAACGAAUUCCAGUCACUUGAAUACGCUGAACAAUUCGUCGAGGCUUUAAAAGGUGGAAAUGCGCAAAAUUUCGAUUUUCUCUCUUUCAUUUUAUAGUUUUCACAUUCUAUGCGUUUUCGAUCACACACACACACAUUUCAACAGUUUAUGUCGUUCGGGAACAUUAGGAAACAAAAAUGGUGACAGUGACCAGUGACGGUUGAACUGUUCCACGUAAAAAGGGAAUAAGGGAGAAAAGAAAUUGUUGAAAUUUA